GAGAUGUCAACAUGGCAUUUUCGGUCUGCGAGGACCCAGCCCCAACUCCCGCUCACACCAAGGCUCAGACCUAAACCUCAGGCGUAGUCCUUGAUCAGGUAGCGAUCCUUGGCCCUAAAUAAACCAUGGGUACUUUAUUUGACACUCCUAUGGUAAUAAGCUUUUUUUUAUAACCCACAUUCGCCCGUCAUCGCCGACCCCGUAAUUGGUACUGACAGCCCAUUUCCUAUAAAUACUUGUAGUCGCAAAGCUGCCAUCAAAUCAUCAGUGAACAGUUACAUUUCAGCAAUCGCUGAAUCUCCUACCAUGACUAUGAUCCAGGUUCUGGCUGAUCUCACCCCUCUGGGAUGGGUGAAGCUCUGUGGAGUAAUCUUCUCAACGUUUGUAAGUAUUCUUCCAACAACCAUCCAUUUUGCCAAAGGUUGCUUGUUGACCGUACUAGUUCAUCUAUCGUUUCUUCUACAAUGCCUUGUUCCACCCACUAUCCAAAGUACCUGGGCCAUUCUUAGCAGGAGCAUCUGGACUACCGUCCUGGUACUAUGCCAUGCGUGGGGACCGACAUAUCUGGCUGUUGAAGCUUUUCGAGACAUAUGGUAAGAUGACAGACGGCAUCAUUGAAUUGAGUUGAGUUGACGACCCCAGGUUCCAAAAUCAGGGUUGCCCCUAAUACAGUCGUUUUUCGCGAUUCUGCCGCAUACAAAGAUAUCUACGCCCAUAAAGCAAAUGUGCAAAAAGCCCCCUUCUACGAAGCAUGGCAGAAAGAUAAGCACGAUGUCAACACGUUCACGACAAGGGAAAAGUCAGAGCACGCCCAUGCCCGUAAACUGCUGAACCAAUGCUUCAACGAAAAGUCGCUACUGGCCUCACAGAGUUUUAUGACCAAGCAUGUUGAUCGAUGGAACGAACUCAUGAUCGCAGGUGUCGACGAUGGCGAAUGGUCUGAGCCAAUGGAUUUUACCGAAUUAACAGAUGGACUUGUUUUUGAUAUCAUGGGCGAUCUCUGUUUUGGGGCGGAUUUCAACUUGAAGGAACCAGGCGAGAACCCACUCAAAUCUAUUCCGCAUGCCGUUAUAAAAUACAUGAAGUUUUACUACCCAGUAAGAGAACCAUGUUGAUAUGUUGGUUAUGCGCUAACACUAUAAAUUCAGCUGACACGCUCUCCUAUGCUCAAUACGAUUCUUUGGUUGAAGCCCCGUGGACUUGACAAUCUUAUGAAAGCAAUUGCUCCACCAGAUAUUCAGCACUAUAUCAACUUUGUAGAAUCCUGUGUCACCGAUCGCCUCCAGCUUUAUAACGAACAGAUUCUCGGAGCCGAGGACCAACAGCGAAAAGACAUGUUCUGGUUCCUUUGCGACACCAAAGAUGACGCCGGAAAACCUGCAUAUAAUACGGACCAGCUCAACGCAGAAGCAAACACGCUUAUUGUCGGUGCAACAGAUACUACAUCUACAUCUAUGGCCGGCAUGAUGUUCUAUCUCACACGCUAUCCAGACAAACUUGAGAAAUUGGUGAAUGAACUUCGCUCUAAAUUCCCAACGCCAGAAGACAUUGUUCACGGACCGGUUCUGACAUCGUGUGUAUACCUCAGAGCUUGUAUUGACGAGACCAUGCGCUUGAGUCCGGCGGGGCCUGGCGAGCUUCCUCGGGAAGUUCGCAAAGGUGGAGCGACGAUAGAUGGGGAUUUCUAUCCAGCAGGUACCAUUGUCGGUUCCUCUAAUUGGACAACCGGCCACAACGAGGCCAUUUAUGGAGACACCACCGAAGUUUUCUACCCAGAAAGAUGGAUUCCCAACCCCAGUACCGGAGUCACGCAGGAGGAUGUCAAGUUGGCUCGUGCGAAUUUCAACCCGUUCGCCACUGGGCCAGGAUCUUGUCCUGGAAAGAACUUGGCCAUUUUGGAGCUAUCUAUGACAAUAGGGAGAACGCUACAUAGACUAGAAAUCAGGAAACCACUGACUGGUAAUAACACCCUUGGGGAGGGGGACCCAGCGAAUGCAUGGGGAAAGCGAGAGAAGAAUGUCUUCCAGGUCGAAGAUGCCUAUGUCGCUGUACGCCAUGGUCCAAUGUUGCAAUUCAAGAAAAGAGCGUCUUGAAGUGACCCACGUAGAGAAACUGGACCUAAAACUGAUGUAUUUGAAGGUGCUAUUGUGAACUUGUUUGAACUACUGCUCUCAUGUACUGGAUAUUUAAUCCUUAUCGUUAUUCGAGUUUAGUGGAGGAGUUGAAUUUCAGAUGCUAGAUUGAAGUUCCACAAUAUCAUCGUAUAAAAC